AUGUCUGAAUAUAGGGUGGCCGUCUAUUUUGGAAUUAGUAAACAUUCAUAUAUUUUAAUUACUGAACAUCGUAUAAAAUUCCGUGUUCACUUUAAUCUUAUCUCCACCUCCAGCGUUCGAAGACUGACCUAUAUUCCAAUAACACCAAUACAUAAAAACCUGAAUCCAAGGCCCAACGACAACAAAUCAACAACCAAAACUGAAACUCCAUUAUUAAGAGAUAUCUAUCCCAAAUUUCCAUCUGCGCCGCCCAUGGUCAUGACACGUUGUCUGGUGUCUCACUCUCACGCCUCGUAUAAAUAGAGGUCCGCUGUAUACUACCCGUUAAGAGUGAUGCUGACGUUUAAAGUAUUCCACAACUUCAAUCGUUGUACAUGAUAAAUGACAGCACAUCAAAAUUUACUUUUGCAGUAUUUUUCUGCAUAAGUGAAAUUUGUUUGGUUCUGUCUAUUCUCUGAACAAGGAUUGUCUUUGUGCGAUAAAUCUGCUGCAUAUUCACUCGACGAUGAAUUAUCUACCCAGUGAAAAAAAAUGAGUGUGUUUCCGCAAGUUCCUGCGGGAAAAAUGAAACAUUUUCACGCGGGAAGUGAAAGUUUUCUGCAGGAAAAGAAGCACUUUUCCCGCCGCAUUCUGCAGGAAUCUUUCGAAAAUCUGAAGAACUCCGUUCUUUUCUUAUGAAAAAUUCCCGCUCAGUUUAAGACAUUUACGACGAAAAAUCUCGGCAGAAUUCUUCUCUUUUCCCGAUGUAGAAGAAUUCUUCAGAAAUUUUUCGUCGUAAAUGUCUUAAACUCGGCGGAAAUUUUUGCCCAGAAUUCUGCGGAAACAUUUUCUGCAAAAAAAAGAUUUUCACCGUUGUCUCGCUUUUCAUCUCAUCUCUCAUCAUUCCGCUAUCCACUUUUCUCAUCUUAUAUAUCGUAGUCAGCCUCACUCUACUUAGUUUUCCUGCAAAAGACUUACUUUUUCCGC